CGAGAUCUAGCGAGCCGUCACAGAUUCAAGAGGUUACACCGAGUAAUCCAACGGCAACUAAGCAACAGGGCAAAUCAACAUCCCCUCCAGUGAUCUGGCGACUACUUAAGGUGGAGAUCUCUUCGCCGGUUCUCACAAGACCUCCGAGCUUCCUCCUAGCCAGUAACGACCCGAGGGUUAGAAGACCUCUGUCUCCCAGCUAUUCAGCACCGCCGCCGCUCCUGUCUCCGCUACCUAGAUCUCCGAGUGACUUCUCUACGAAGACAACGCAGACCCAGCCUGUUCCGAGAGUUCACCAAGGAACGCUGAGCCGACCUACGGUAGUCCACCGAGAAACGCAGAGCGACUUCACAUCACAGAAGGAAACAUCCACACCACCAGGAUCACCAACAAGCUACACACCACCAGACUCACCUCCUGGAUUCUACUCUCUCGACUUAACACGAAGAAGACUUUGGGGACCGAAGGGAUUUACUCAGAUCAAACCGACAAUCUUUUACAGAGAAAGAUUAAUAUAG